AUGAUGCUGGGAGACGGUUAUAUCACAGCGGCCCACGGAAUCGUCAAUGAAACCUCUGCUGAGACCUUUAAUAAGACCCCAGAUGAAACCCCUGAUGAGACCCCCGAUGAGACUCCUGAAUGUGAGACCCCUGAUGAGACCCCUGAUGGGACCCUUGAGACCCCUGAUGAGACCUCUGACGAGACCCCUGAUGAGACCUUUAAUGAGACCCCAGAUAAGACUCCUGAUGAGACCCCUGAUGAGACCCUGAUGAGACCCUCUGAUGAGACCCUCUGA